AUGGAAGAACAGGUAGCAAAUGCCAUCGAGAUUGCAUGGAAUCCUCUAUCUGAAUCGACUCUCAAAUCGCAAGCCUACGACUACUUAAACCAACUCCGCUCAGACCCCUCCGGUUGGCAGGUUUGCCUGUCCCUCUUCACCAAAAGCCCUCAAUGCCCAGAGGUUGUGCGUCAUGUUAGUCUAGAGAUAGUCAACAGUGCCGCUCAGGCUGGCUUGAUUGAUUUGGCGUCUCUUGUCAUAGUGAAGGAUGGAUUGCUUUCCUACCUCCGCCAGGUCUACGGCCCUGAUGGCUCAGCCUUGCCUGAUGCUCCCUACAUCCAGAACAAAAUCGCCCAAACAAUCACCUUCCUCUUCUCCGCUCUCUACGCUAAUGGAUGGGAGACUUGCUUCGAUGAUCUCCUAGGCUUGACUUACAAAACCUCCACCAGUACCAGCCGCGAUAACCCUCUGGGAAUUGUCUUUUACCUGCGUGUGGUGAAUUCCAUCCACGAUGAGAUUGGCGACGUUCUGGUCUCCAGAUCUCGUGGAGAACAGGACAAAGCAAAUGCUCUCAAGGAUCUUAUUCGGGACCGGGAUGUGCAGAAGAUUGCCAGCUCCUGGCAGGAAAUUCUGUCUGGGUGGAUGGAUGGCGAUGAUGUGAUUGUGGAACUGUCCCUAAAGGCAGUUGGUAGUUGGGUCAGCUGGAUUGAUAUUAAUCUUGUUGUUAACCAGACCAUGUUGGACUUGCUGUUCCAACAGCUUGGGCGGGCUGAGAAACAGGACCUGCGGGAGGGCGAACAACGGGUGCGAGACGCAGCUGUCGAUGUCUUUACCGAAAUUAUUGCCAAAAAGAUGAAGCCAACGGACAAGAUCGAGAUGAUCAUUUUCCUUAACCUGAACACCAUCGUGACGCAGCUGUCGAACAGCCCGCCCCUACAUGCCAGCCGAUCGACCCCCAAGUACGACACUGACCUUGCAGAGACCGUGGCAAAGCUUGUCAACAUCACCGUGAUGGAUAUUGUGCGGGUGUUGGAGAACGAAGACGGCCCAGUGAAGGACAAGGCGAAUGAGCUCUUGCAGGUCUUCCUUCCUCAUGUGCUGCGGUUCUUCUCAGAUGAAUACGAUGAAGUCUGCUCUACGAUUAUUCCUUGCGUCAAUGAUAUUCUCAUUUACAUUCGGAAGAUUGCCACGGCGAAUCCAGCCACAGUUGGACAAAACAAGGUCAUCCUUCUUCCUAUGCUCAAGGCUAUCAUUUCCAAGAUGCGAUAUGAUGACACUUCGGAUUGGAAUGACGAGGACUCGCGGACAGACGAGGCUGAGUUCCAGGAUCUGCGCAAGAGACUUGGUGGGUUGCAACAGACUAUCGCUGCUGCUGACGAACAGCUCUACAUUGAUGCUAUCUCUGAGGUGGUUGGCACAACAUUCGAGGGCUUGCGCGCCUCCCAGGGACGGAUCAAUUGGCGUGACCUGGAUCUAGCUCUGCACGAAAUGUACCUAUUCGGUGACUUGGCCGUCAAAGGUGGAGGUAUCUACCUUAAAGGUGCCCCCACUGGCCCUGCUGCCGCUCGUCUUAUUGAGAUGAUGCUGCGCAUGGUCGAGUCAGAUAUUCGAUCGUUCACUCACCCCGCCACCCAGCUGCAGUAUAUGGAAAUUUGUGUCCGCUACAGCUCUUUCUUCAACCACCACCCGCAUCUCAUCCCGGGUGUUCUCGAGAGCUUCCUCCAACUGGCUCAUCACCCAGUCCGCAAAGUGAAGACUCGUUCUUGGUAUCUUUUCCAGCGUUUAGUGAAACAGCUUCGGUCGCUCAUUGGGAAUGUUGCCCAAAAUGUCGUCGAAGCUAUUAGUGAUUUGCUCGUCAUUGAGGCUGAGCUGCCUUCAGAGGGCAGUGAUGCCGAUGAGGACGAUCAUGAGAGUUCUUCAGAUGCCGUGUUCAGUAGCCAGCUGUACCUUUUCGAGGCCGUUAGCAUCAUAUGUUCCACUCAGGGAGUUCCUAUUGACAAACAGGUUCUUUACGUUCAGUCCGUAGUGAGCCCAAUCUUUGCGGACAUGGAACGAAACAUCGCGGCAGCAAAGGCCAACGAUGAGCGCGCCAUGCUCCAAAUACAUCAUGACAUAAUGGCCCUCGGCACUCUUGCCCGUGGCUCUUCAGACUGGGUUCCUGGCACCACCACCCCUGCCAACAUGCCCGCCCCUGAAGUCUCCGAAGUCUUCUGCCAAGUGGCAGAAGCCACCCUUGUCGCCCUCGAGUCUCUCAAUUUCUCGUUCAAUGUCCGUACGGCUGCUCGGUUUACAUUUUCACGACUUAUUGGCGUCGUGGGAGCUCGCAUCUUGCCUCAAUUGCCCCGGUGGAUUGAUGGCCUAGUGACACAGACCUCGACACGCGAUGAGAUGGCCCUUUUCCUUCGUCUUUUGGAUCAGGUAAUCUUUGGAUUCAAGGGCGAAGUUUUCAACAUCCUUGACACCCUCUUGACCCCAUUCUUGCAGCGUGUGUUCUCUGGACUUGCCGAUCCUACUACCGGAACUGAUGAUGAGAUCCAACUUGCGGAACUUAAGCGCGAGUAUCUUAACUUCCUCCUUGCGGUCUUGAACAAUGAUCUGGGGGCCGUGAUCAUCAGUGAGCGAAACCAACCAAUCUUCGAGACCCUGAUCACCACAAUUGAGCUUUUCGCCAAGGACAUUGAGGAUUUCACCACUGCCAAAAUGGCAUUUUUGGUUUUGUCUAAGAUGGGUAGCUUUUGGGGAGGCCCCGACCUCACUCCAAGUGCCACUGAUGGCGCACCAAUCACCCAGACUGCAUUGCCUGGGUUCGGCGGCUAUAUGAUCACCCGAUUCUCGCCCCCUUGCUGGGCACUUCCUCAAACUCCGUCUUUUAAUCCCAAAGACGCACAGGCAAAACUGGUUCUUGCCGAGGCGGGUGGUCUCCAACGUAUCAUCUACCAGAAGACGGGCAUGGAGUACAUAAACUACCUACGCAACCAGGAACUGCCAGGUAUGGGCAUGAACCCGGAUGUCGUCGAAGAAUUUGUGACGGCAUUGAGCCAGCUGGACAUGAAGGGCUUCCGAAAGUUCUUCCCGACCUUCAUCCAGCGUCUCAGCUCAUAA